CAGCACCAGCCGCAGCCUCUACGCCUCGUCCCCGGGCGGCGUGUUCACCACGCGCUCCUCCGCGAUGCGCCUGCGGGGCAGUGUGCCCGGCAUGCGUCUGCUGCAGGACUCGGUGGACUUCUCGCUGGCCGAUGCCAUCAACACCGAGUUCAAGAACACGCGCACCAACGAGAAGGUGGAGCUGCAGGAGCUGAACGACCUCUUCACCAACUACAUCGACAAGGUGCACUUCCUGGAGCAGCAGAACAAGAUCCUGCUGGCCGAGCUCGAGCAGCUCAAGGGCCAGGGCAAGUCGUGCCUGUGGGACCUCUAUGAGGAGGAGAUGCGGGAGCUGCGCUGGCAGGUGGACCAGUUCACCAAUGACAAGGCCUGCGUCGAGAUGGAGCGCAACAACCUGGCCGAGGGCAUCAUGCGGCUCCUGGAGAAGCAGCAAGAGGAGAUGCUUCAGAGAGAGGAAGCCGAGAGCACCCUGCCACAGUCUUUCCGACAGGAUGUUGACAGUGCUUCUUUGGCGCAUCUUGACCUUGAGCGGAAAGUGGAAUCCUUGAAAAAAGAGAUUGCCUUUUUGAAGAAACUACAUGAUGAGGAAAUCCAGGAGCUGCAGGCUCAGAUUCAGGACUGGCAUGUCCAAAUCGAUAUGGAUGUUUCCAAGCCUGACCUCACGGCUGCCCUGCGUGAUGUACGCCAGCAAUAUGAAAGCUUAGCUGCCAAGAACCUUCAGGUGGCCAAGGAAUGGUACAAGUCCAAGUUAGCCGACCUCUCUGAGGCUGCUAACCGGAACAAUGAUGCCCUGCGCCAGGCAAAGCAGGAGUCAAAUGAGUACCGGAGACAGGUGCAGUCCCUCACCUGCGAAGUGGAUGCACUCAAAGGGACUAAUGAGUCUCUGGAACACCAGAUGCGUGAAAUGGAAGAGAACUGUGCCGUCAAAGCUGAAGACACUAUUGGCCGCCUGCAGGAUGAGAUUCAGAACAUGAAGGAAGAAAUGGCUCGUCACCUUCGGGAGUACCAGGACCUGCUGAAUGUUAAGAUGGCUCUCAACAUUGAGAUUGCCACCUACAGGAAGCUGCUGGAAGGAGAGGAAAGCAGGAUUGCUCUGCCUCUUCCAAACUUUUCUUCCCUGUACCUGAGGGAAACCAUCCUGGAUUCACUCCCUCUGGUUGACACUCACUCAAAAAGAACACUUCUGAUUAAGACGGUUGAAACUAGGGAUGGACAGGUUAUCAACAAAACGUCUCAGCAUCAUGAUGACCUUGAGUGAAGCUUGCCCAGAUUUGGUGCAAUUAUUACCAGCAAGAA